CAGGCUGCGUGGCCCGGGCGCGGCGCGGCCGGGCAUGCGCAGAGCGCACGGGCGCGGUUGCCGUGGCAGCGCCGGCCCGAGGGGAGGGCGGCGGGAGGGCGCGGCGCGGAGCCGGCGACCGGCAGGCUGAGGCGGCGGCGCGUCCACCGAGAGCCCGCGGCGGCCGGAGGCGGCGCCGGGCGGGCCUGAGCGGCGGGCGCGGCCCGGGCCCGCGGGGAUGCGGGACCGGCUGCCGGACCUGACGGCGUGCAGGAAGAAUGAUGAUGGGGACACAAAUGUUGUGGUUGAAAAGGACCAUUUCAUGGAUGACUUCUUCCAUCAGGUUGAGGAGAUCAGGACCAGUAUAGCGAAAAUAGCUCAGUGCGUCGAAGAAGUGAAGAAGAACCACAGCAUCAUUCUUUCUGCACCAAACCCAGAAGGAAAAAUAAAAGAAGAGCUUGAAGAUUUGAACAAAGAAAUCAAGAAAACUGCUAAUAAAAUCCGAGCCAAGUUGAAGUCUAUCGAGCAGAGUUUUGAUCAAGAUGAGAGUGGGGAGCGGACCUCCGUGGAUCUCCGGAUACGACGAACCCAGCAUUCGGUUCUGUCCCGGAAGUUUGUGGAGGUCAUGACGCAGUACAACGAGGCGCAGACUCUGUUCCGGGAGCGAAGCAAAGGGCGCAUCCAGCGGCAGCUAGAGAUCACUGGAAGAACCACGACCGACGACGAGCUGGAAGAGAUGCUGGAGAGCGGGAGCCCUUCCGUCUUCACCGCAGACAUCAUAUCAGAUUCACAGAUUACUAGACAAGCUCUCAAUGAAAUUGAGUCCCGUCACAAGGACAUCAUGAAGCUGGAGACCAGCAUCCGCGAGCUGCACGAGAUGUUCACGGACAUGGCCAUGUUCGUCGAGACCCAGGGUGAAAUGAUCAACAACAUAGAAAAAAAUGUCAUGAAUGCCACGGACUACAUAGAACACGCUAAAGAAGAAACGAAAAAGGCGAUUAAAUAUCACAGCAAAGCUAGAAGGAAAAUGAUGUUCAUUAUUAUUUGCGUAAUUGUUUUGCUUGUGAUCCUUGGAAUUGUCCUGGCAACAACGUUGUCGUAGCAACCACAUCCCGAGAGCCAGCGUCCUUGGAGUCAGACCACGCGCCGCAGCCGUGACCGAGCCCCGACCGAGCCCCUGCCGCCGUGCGGUGCUGGGCGCCCGUCUCUCGUCAGUGACGGCGGGGGUGGGGGGGCGGCGCCGCGGGACACAUCCUUCAGGGAACCUCCUCGGGCGCGGGAUGGGCGAAGAGCUAACCCAGACAUCCUUGGACUCUGAAGGGCACAGCACCAAAAAUGAACAAUGUGAAACUUGUUGCAGUGGCCUUAAAAUAGGGAAUUAUUGAAAUUUUCUUUUUUUUUUUUUUUUUUUGUAUUUCAGUGUUAAAAAUACAUGUGAAGUUUAAUUAGGGAUCUUUGAUGUUAUGGAGCUGUAAGAUUUCAGGUCUGAGCCUUCCUCCGUCCCCGCCCCCCCCAGCUAACACGCUAAUGAAGAGUCAUUUUUUGUACUAUGCUUGUGUUUUGUUUGUAACAAAAAUUUUAUCGUCACAGAGCUGUUUUGUAAGAUACCUAUAAUUUUAAAUGUUUAUAAAUUGUUUAAUAUAUUAACACCUUAAUUUACUCCAUUUAUAUAUAUGGAACAUUGCCUUGUGAAGUAAACAGGAAGCGUCAUGAUAUUAUUAGAGCCAUCUUUGCACAGUCGUUUACAAAGUUUGCCGUUAGCACAGCGCACAACGGCGCAGAGCCCCCGGAAAGCCUUUCCAGUGCCUUCUAUUCAUACUGAUUUAUAAGGUUAAAAUGCACCUGACAGCCUCCGGGACGUCUCCAUUGUUGUACUCGGCUCCGAGUAUCUCCUUCCUGCCCCUUGCCUGAGAUAAUAAAUUAGUUACUGCAUGUGAAAGGCCACCGCCUCUUAUUUGUUCGUUAGAAAUAAGGUUUGUGUGUCCUUGUUUACAUUAGUAAGGUCUGAACUUAAGAUGGUGAGAAGACCAAGAUUAAGUACUUUCUAAAGUCAAGGAAGUUAUUCCCAGACAUUAAAUCUUCUAACUGCAAACUGUUGUACAGAUACUUACGCAUGAUCUCAUUAAGUACUUCCUAUCCUGCUGAACUGCAAAAGUGAAUUCCCAAAGUGCAUAGAUAGGAAUCCGCGAUCAUUAAACAUUUGUAUUACUCAGUAAUGUUUUUAGUAGAAUACGCUUUA